AUGAGCAGCAAAGAAGACCCGAGCAAGUGCUGUCCGGCGGCUGCUCCCAUCUCCAGUUUCACCAUCCAGUCCAUCCUGGGCAGCGGCAGCGCCGAUCCCCCCCGGGAAGCCGGCGACAGGGCGCCCGCCUGGCCCGCCCGCGCCCGGACCCUCUCCCUGUCCUCGGAGGAAGAGGAGCCGGAGGAGAGCUGGAAGCACCGCGGCUGUUUCUGCCCCGAGGCUCAGGGCCCCGCCGAGGCGUGCCACAAGCACCAGCCCCUCAGCUUCACCUGUCUCGGCAGUGCCAAGGGGAGCGGAGCGGCGGCGGCGAGCAACGGGGAACGGGGGCCUUUCCUCUCGCCCCCCCAGCAGGACUGUAAGGACGAGAAGGAGAAACCGCUGGGACCUUCCUCGCCUUCCUGCGGGGACCGGCAGCGCGACGGCGGGGACCGGCAGGCCGGCGCCGCCAAGAAGAAGACGCGCACGGUGUUCAGCCGCAGCCAGGUCUAUCAGCUGGAGUCCACCUUCGACAUGAAGCGCUACCUGAGCAGCUCGGAGCGGGCCUGCCUGGCCUCCAGCCUGCAGCUCACCGAGACCCAGGUGAAAACCUGGUUCCAGAACCGAAGGAACAAGUGGAAACGGCAGCUCUCGGCCGAGCUGGAGGCGGCCAACAUGGCCCACGCCUCGGCGCAGACUCUGGUGGGGAUGCCGCUGGUGUUCAGAGACAAUUCCCUCCUCCGAGUGCCGGUGCCCCGGUCCAUCGCCUUCCCCGCCCCUCUCUACUACCCCGGCAGCAACCUCUCGGCCUUACCGCUCUACAACCUCUACAACAAGAUCGACUACUGA